GAAGAUGUCCUUGACUGUAGAGGAAAGAAGAAUCUAUAUAAAUAUAAAAGGAUAGUGGUCAGGGGUCUGCAAAGAGAGGGGUUGUGAGGGAGGAAAGAGCCCCUUCAGGAGAAUGAGGCAUUGAGUUAUGGCAACAUUAUGUGAAUUAGAUGAGGAAACAAGAUCUGUUAACUUAGGAAAGGAGAGAGAGGGAGGGAGGUGGAGGUAGAGGGAGAGAAAGUAGUAAGGGGAAGAAAGACAGAGAGGAAGAGUGAGUGGAGGAGAGAGAAAGAGAGGAAAAAUAAGGGAGGGGAGGAGAGAAAGAAGGAAGGGUGAGGGAAGCCUGACAGCAGCUUGAGGCAGUGCUGGCAGCAAGGAAUGGCCUAGUCAUCCACCACUGCUGCUUCUGCUGCUUGUGGCUACCGAAGCCAUUGGCAGAGGGAGGGAGACAGGCCUGGGCCUGUCAGAAUGUGUAACUCUGAGGGGAACAAGUGGAUAUGGUGGUGGCAGCAGUGAGGAAGGGCCUGGUCAACCACUGCUGCUGCUGCUCCUUUGGGGAGGGGCAGGAGUGGGGCUCAGGUGAGGGUGGGGAGGUCUCUGGGGUUAGGAGGCUGCGGCUUGGCCAGUCGCCACCAGCAACGCUGCAGCCACAACCAAGAGAGGCUGGCUAUGAAACCUGUUCAUGGAAAAGACUUGCUUCACAUACUACACCCUGGGUCAGAAUGAAGAUGCUCUUCCUGGGAAGUCUGAUCACAGAAAGGCUGUGCAAUGAAAGAGAAAGUCUAGCACUUUGUGUACAGGAGGACCCUGAAGACGUACCUGUUUUCCCAGGCCUUCAACUGAGAUUCAAUUUUUAAAUUUUAAUGUGUUUUUAUCUAUGAUUUUUAUCUUUUUAUGAAUUUUAAGUGUGCUCUAGUUUAUGUUUGAAUUCUGUACAGCACCUAGACAUUUUUAUACUAGGUGGUAUAUAAAUUCAAUCAAUCA